GUCUGGUGUCAUGGAGGGGGCGUGUCCUGUCAGCAAAUCGGGGCGUGACAAUGUGCAUGAAACCUGAAAUCUCCGUCAAGAUUGAGUCCAUCUGCUGAAGCACAACCGUGUCCUUGCAGGUCCUCUCUCCGUGACGAUGGCCCAGUCAAUCCUCGACACCAUGCCCGGAGCCGCGACGGGCACCGUGCUGAUCUCAGAUCCGCUGAAUUUCUGGGGUGGGAAGCGAGUGAAGCCCAGACAGGAGACGAACGCAGAGCCCGUGUUCGAGCCUGCGACUGGCCGCGUCAUCUGUCAGAUGGUUCCCUGUGGGGCUGAGGAGGUGGAUGAGGCCAUAAAGAGCGCCCACGCUGCCUACCUACAAUGGAGCAAACUGUCCGGCAUGGAGAGGGCUCGGGUGAUGUUAGAGGCCGCCCGCAUUAUCAGGGAAAGAAGAGAGAAAAUCGCAAAGCUGGAAGUGAUCAACAAUGGCAAGUCCAUCACUGAGGCGCUGGUGGAUAUUGAUGUCGCCUGGCAGUGCAUUGAGUACUACGCUGGCCUGGCUGGUACACUCGCAGGCCAGCACAUCCAGCUUCCUGGCGGAUCCUUUGCUUACACCAGGAGGGAGCCCCUUGGUGUGUGCGUGGGAAUCGGUGCAUGGAAUUACCCCUUCCAGAUCGCAUCGUGGAAGUCCGCUCCUGCUCUGGCAUGUGGUAACGCCAUGGUGUUCAAGCCCUCUCCGAUGACUCCUGUCACUGCCGUCAUUCUGGCUGAGAUUUACAAAGAGGCGGGGGUGCCCGAUGGGCUCUUCUGUGUGGUGCAAGGCGGGGCAGACACCGGCACGUUGCUCUGCCAUCACCCGACGGUCGCCAAAGUAUCUUUCACCGGCAGUGUGCCAACGGGCAAAAAGGUCAUGGAAAUGUCUGCAAAGGGGGUGAAGCAGGUGACUCUGGAGCUUGGAGGGAAAUCUCCCCUCCUGAUCUUCAAAGACUGUGAGCUGGAAAACGCGGUGAAGGGAGCACUCAUGGCAAACUUCCUGACACAGGGGCAGGUUUGCUGCAAUGGCACCAGAGUGUAUGUGCAAAGAGAGAUCAUGCCCCAGUUCCUUGAAGAAGUCGUGAAAAGGACCAAGGCCAUCCCCGUGGGUGACCCACUGCUGGAAGGCACCCGGAUGGGCGCGCUGAUCAGCAAGCCACAGCUGGAGAAAGUGCUGGGAUUUGUCAACCAGGCCAAGAAAGAGGGAGCCAAAGUGCUUUGCGGAGGAGAGCCGAUUGUCCCCAGUGACCCCAAAUUGAAAGGGGGCUACUUCAUGGCACCUUGUGUGCUUGAUAACUGCAGGGAUGACAUGACCUGUGUGAAGGAGGAGAUCUUUGGCCCGGUCAUGUCAGUGCUGCCUUUCGACACGGAGGAGGAAGUGAUCGGAAGAGCCAACGACACCACGUUUGGUUUGGCCUCCGGAGUCUUCACCAGGGACAUUUCCCGAGCUCAUCGCGUGGCCGGGAACCUGGAGGCAGGGACUUGCUUCAUCAACAACUACAACAUCAGCCCUGUGGAAGUGCCAUUUGGAGGAUACAAGAUGUCAGGUUUUGGCAGAGAGAACGGCCAGGUGACAAUCGAGUACUACUCCCAGCUGAAGACGGUGGUUGUGGAAAUGGGCGACGUCGACAGCCUCUUCUAAACUCCUCUACCCAAGUUUACACAGCUGUGCCAGAACUGUGGAUUAAACACUUUAUCAAACAAAUUGCUGCUUUAAUGUCAAACUAACUGCCUAUUAACACGAAGAACAAAUGCUAGUGUGUUUGCCUAAAGAGUGAGCCUUAAUUAGAAAUCAUGUGUGUAGUGAACUGUGAAUCAGUCUGUCUGCUUUUUUAUACUCCAUGCUUAUCUGACACACUAUUGGACAACUAACUCCUUCUAUCAAAAUAAAAUGUUUUAGAUACAAAGACUAUGCCUGGUUGCUUCAGAAUAAAAGAUGAAUUAAGA